UCGGCGGCGAUGGCGGAGCGGAGCGGACGCGGGGCCCGGCGCUCCGCCGCAGGAAGCAAACCGAAGAAUGCUUUGCAAACUGAAGAUAUUUCUAAAAGGAAAGAAGAACUGGAAGCAACUAUUAGGAAGAAGGUUGAAUUUGAGAGAAAAGCUCUCCGAAUUGUGGAGCAACUGUUGGAAGAUAAUAUCACCGAAGAGCUCCUUGUGGAAUCUGGACGGUUCAUUUCGCCUUCUCAUUACAAGGAUGUAGUGGACGAGCGAUCGAUCAUCAAACUCUGUGGAUAUCCCUUAUGUCAAAAUAAGCUCGGUGAUGUAUUAAAGCAGAAGUACCGGAUUUCUACAAAAACAAAUAAAGUGUAUGAUAUCACCGAGAGAAAGUCCUUUUGCAGUAAUUUCUGUUAUCGAGCAUCUAAGUACUUUGAGACUCAGAUACCCAAAAGUCCGGUGUGGUUGCGAGAAGAAGAAAGCCCUCCAGAUUUUCACCUGCUAAAAGAAGGACAAAGUGGUCAUUCAGGAGAAGAAGUAAAAUUACACGACGAGGCCAUCAAAGCAUCAGACGUCGAAAAUGCCGGACUGUCAGGAAGCCGACAUGAACCUGGUUCCUUGGACACCCUCCACGACAGCCCUAGCGAUACCGAGCAAGAAUUCGUUUCCUCCAUCCUUCCAGGAAACAGAGCGAACGCAACCAGCUUUGGGGAGCAGCUGCACAAGAAAAGCACACCGAAAAAGAAACCCGGUCAGAAACCAAAUCCCAAAGGCCGCGACCGGGUCGUGGCAGUUGCCGCCGAGCAGUUAAAUAAGUGCCGAUUAGAUAGCGAACAGAAAGACCUCAUUAGUGUACAGAAAAAGUCAGCCGUGGUGGCUUCCAGCGAUCGUUUUCUGGAAAAACGGGAAACCUCCGAAAGCUGUUUCACUGACUGUGAUCGUUCACAAAUCACUCUGGUGGGCAUAAGCAAGCAGGGGGCCGAACGUUUUAGGAAGAAGUUUGCCAAGCCGAAGCCGCUUAUUAGCCCCGCGGGACAGGUGGGGAGCCUAGUUGGGAAGGAAAGCUUGUUGGACGUCCUUAAGAAGACUCUGAUGGAGUGGAAGACGGAAGAAACCGUUAGAUUUUUGUCCAGACCCAAACGGGAAGCCGCCUGUUCUCAGUCUCCCCCGUCGGCUACUGAGGAUGGGCAAGGAAGACUUGGUGACCGCGACCUGGAUUCAGAACCGGCUGGCCUCCGAUAUUCCGUGGCCGAAAAGGAGGGCCGGGAUAGCUCGAUCCGGUCUCUGCCUUUCCCGGGCUCUGACGCAGCCGCGAAACCCGUGCCGAGCUACGAGAGCCUGAAAGAAGAAACAGAAGCCGUAAACCUUCGAAUCAGGGAGUUUUAUAAAGGAGACUCCGUUCUGAGCAGAAAACCCUCCAAACAACAAGUCAGAGAAGAGGUCGAUCCCACCUUUCCGCUCAUCGAUUCCCGAGCUCAAAACCAGAUCCGGAAACACAUCGUACUUGAAAAGUUGAGAAAAGUAUUGCCAGGAAUUUUGGGCCCCCUUCAAAUUACAUUAGGCGAUGUUUACACCGAACUGAAGAGUCUCGUACGAACUUUCAGGUUAACAAAUAAGAAUAUCAUUCAUAAGCCCGCCGAAUGGACACUACUUGCUAUCGUGUUGAUGUCUUCGAUGCCCCGGAUCACCCAGUCUGAGGAAAAGAAUCAGGAAAAUGCAGUAUAUACCCAGUUCAUAAACACAUUACUCAGAGAGCUACGUCUCACUAAUAAAGACCUUGAAAGUUUAACCCAGAUAUUUAAAAUUGUCGGACAGAAUGAUGUCAGUCCACCUGGAGAUAACGGAAGACCGCCUUCAGCUCUUUCUCAACAGCUGCAUUAACGUCAAAGGGAAAACUGCAAUUGUUGAUGGGUUUGCUUGGUGUUUUUUUUUUUAAUUUUUAUAGUCAAACCACUGCAAUAAGCGCCCGGUGAGAGAUUGGCUGCUACUUAUUCUCUCCUGACGAUGGAAUCCAAAUGGCUGGGCUCCCUCCGGCUACAGAUCAGCGGAUUGAGGAUUGGGAAGGAUGACAGAUUCCUGCCUCGUCGUGGCCGCUCUCAUCUUCAUUUCACUCUUUUUCUGGAUCAAUCUGGGCUGCGCUGUUGAACUCAGAAAAAUAGCAGUAAAGCAAUCUAAAAUCAAA